CCGAUAGCAACCCCACACACAAUGCAGUCGCUUCGCAGGACAGCAGUAACUGCUGCCCGGACGAGCCGAACCACCCUCUCGCGCCAGACGCGCCGCUAUGCUCACGACGAGCACGCCCACGGCCAUGCAGCCCCCGCAAACGAGCCCUUGGGCAAAGGCUUUUUUUGGUCCACCAUUUGGAUCCCCGCCGGCAUGGGCCUUUACCUCAUUUCGAAGAACUCCGAGAGCGACCGACCCUUCCUUACCCGUCUGAUGGACAAAUACGCCGAGGCGGAGGAGAAGCGCACAAAGAAGAACGAUAUUCACGUACGCAUGAUUGAACAGGCUGGCGAGGAUCGUGUCUUGUUCCUGAAAACCAAGCCCCAGGAUCACGUUGACAUGAGGUUCCCCGAGAUCAUGAACAACGGCUCUCCCUACAACGUCCCCGCCGGCAGCCAAGUCCCCAUGACCUCCGUGAUUGAGAAGUACAAGAAGCUCGCAAACGAAGACAAUGAGCGCAAGCUCGAGGCGCUUGCCAACGACGAGAUCAAGGGCGAGCAGCCCUUCAACAAGAACCACCUGAGGAACGCCCCAUCGGUGAAAGAGCUUCGAUGCUGGAGCUUCGAUGCUGACAUUUGUGUCCUUCCUUCAGCACCCCGACUUCCCGAGCUUAAUUUCCGCAUCGUCGCGCAGUACAGCAGUGGGAGUGACAUGAACGGCACUCUCGGUACCAAAGACGACACCCACCGCACGAAAGCCGGCGCACCCAUGUCCUACACAUCACACCGAAACUUCUCUGGACCGCUGGCCGUCGAGAACCCUAAUAUGGCCGCUGCACCAGUCUCCCCAGUCUCGCCGGGCAACCAAUGGGCUCGUCCAAACCCUCACAGCAAUCCACAAAGCACACCGACCAACUCAAAGACCUCGCAAUAUAUUGAUAAGAUCACAUCAGACAACGAUCGCCUACGGAGAGAGCUGCGAGCCGAGAAGCUCGCACGAGAGGACGAGGCCACACGCAUCUCAGCCGCCAAAUCGAAAGCCGAAGACUCUCGAGCAGAGCUACAGCACCUUCAGGUGCUUGCCGAGACAAAUGCACGGGCAAUUGAACGAAAGGACAGGAAGCUGGAGGAAAUGAAGGCCACGCUCGACGCUGAGAUACAGCGGAGGAAAGCGGCAGAGCAGAGGGCAGAGGAGGCACUCAAAAUGCUGGGCGACACACGAUCAGAGACACAGCGCCAGCUUGCAACCGCAUACGAGAUGAAGCACAUGGCAGACACCCAACUCGAAACGGCGAGAGACGGCUUCAAGCGCAUGACCGAAGGCUAUGAGAAGAAGAUCAAACACAUAAGUGAAAGCAUGAACGAGCUGCGACAGCAACGGCUCGAAGACGUCGACAAGAUUAAGCGACAAGCAGUCGUCAGCGACCAACUGCACCACGAGAUGUCACGAACCACACGAACCGAAGGCGCCCUAACAAAUAUGAUGGAGGAGUACAAGAAGGAACACAGGAAAGAGAUGGACCACAUUGUUCAGGAAGCACAGAGACUCAAGUUGGCGCUGCCUGCGAAAGAGCGGGAAGCAGAUCGGUUGGUGCAGUCGUUGGAAGAGACAAGAGACAAGAUGAAGUGGGUCAUUACGCAGCAGCAGCGCCAACACGAGCAGCGUCCACUGGAGCAGCGUCAACAACAGCAGCGACAACAAGGGUACAGAUAGGUUAGGUCUCCAAGCUCGUCGCUGCACCCACCACAAGAAGAGAACAUGAAGGCUAUUGACACGAAAGAGGAAGAAGGGCUGUGGGGCAGAUUCUUGAUCACCAAGCGAAGGCAUUGAGAAGGAGGCAAAUAGCCCGUGUGUAUGGACACACAAUACGACUGUCACGACACAUUUUGCAUUAGAAAUAGGGUCUGGAGAAUACUCGGACAGGCGUUUACGGCAUUGGGUGCAAUGCGAGGCGCUCUGGGCAUCAGGUUACGACUGGAGUUGAAUGGCAUGUUGCUUCCUUGCUUACUUCGAGUACAUGGUAUUGGGUGAUCUGAGAUACCCGCG